GUGCACAAAAAAUUUCGCUCUCGUCUUCUCUCACUCGCUCCUGUUUUACGCCGCUCCCUCUGCAGCGGUGCUGCGAGCUGACUUCUCUCGUCAACGCGUCCACAGGCUUUAUGCGAGGCCGCGGGCGUUCUUCUGGAGGUCGCGGUGCUGCGCGCGGCGGCCGCGGUGGCCGCGGUGGCCGAGGGGCUCGACCCACCCAUUCCACACGAACUCCUGCUGUUGCCGCUGCCGCCGCCCCCGCUGCUGAUGAACUCGUCGAGGACACGACAUCGUUUUUUAGCGGACUCACAGGAGCACGGGCGCGCAGCAGCGCCGCAUCAAGUUCCGUCGCCGCCCCUGCCGCCGCUAGUGUUCUUUCUUCCGCCCUGCCGGCAGACAAGGACGAGUCCGCCGCACUGCGACGACAUCCCGCCGCGACGGCCGUCGAAGGCAGCGAGCAGACGCAGGAGAAGGUGAUGUGGUUGGAGCUGGGGCUGUGCAAGGCGCUCGUGCGGGCCGUCUCGCACCUCGGCUACAUCGCCCCGACACCGGUGCAGGCGGAGGCGAUACCUGCCGUGCUGCGCGGCGUAGACGUGUGUGCGCGGGCCGUCACCGGCUCCGGCAAAACCGCCGCCUUUCUGUUGCCGCUCGCGCAUUUGCUGCUGACGCGGCCCCCGCAAAAGGCGACGGUGAUGAACAGCCACCGCCGCUUUAUUCGGGCCGUCGUCCUGCUGCCGACGCGGGAGCUGGGUGUGCAGUGCAAAGAAAUGCUCGGCCAGCUGCUACAGUUCACGACGGGCCUCACCCUCGCUCUGGCCAUUGGCGGUGUGGCACCGGCGGCGCAGGAGGCCGCGCUGGACGCCGUGCCGGACAUUCUAAUCGCCACGCCCGGCCGCCUGGUCGACUACAUCCACAACUACAAGGGCGGCGCUGGGCUGGACCUGACCGGGGUGGAGGUGGUGGUCUUUGAUGAAUGCGACAAGAUGCUCACGGUGACGCUGCAGGAUCAAGUCUUGGAUGUGCUGGAGCACGUGCCGGAGGAGACGCGACAGGUAUUGAUGUUCUCCGCGACCAUGACGGAGGAGGUGGAUGCGUUUGCAAAGGAACACCUCUUCAAGCCGGUGAACAUCGACGUCGGCCACGUCGCCCUGCAGUCACAGCUGCGGCAGCAAUUCGUGCGCGUCCGCACCACCGCCCCCGCAGCGAAGACGGCCGACGGCGACGACGGCACCGACGGCUCUGCGGCGGUGACCGGAAAGGACGGAGAGACGCCGCGCGAGAAGCGACUGCGUGCGAAGCGACGUCGCGAGGCGGCCCGCGGCGAGCGCGACGACGGCGGCGACGGCGGCGAGGCGGCGCACCGGGCUGAAGACGAGGAGGAGCACAUCGCCAAAGCCAAGACGCGCUACGUCGUGGUGCUGUGCCAAAACUUCCUGAAGGACAAGACCAUCAUCUUCUGCCGCUACCGCACCACCGCGCACCGCCUCGCGCUCGUCUUCAACGCGCUCGGGCUGCCAGCGGCGGAGAUCCAAGGCAACCAGCUGCAGGAGGAGCGCUUCAACGCAUUGGAGAAGUUCGCGCGCGAUGCGGUGCGCUACCUCAUCACCACCGAUGUGGCCUCGCGCGGGCUCGAUAUCGAGGGCGUUGCGACGGUGCUGAACUAUGACCUGCCCCCCACGCUGACGGCGUACAUCCACCGCGUCGGGCGCACCGCACGCAUCGGCCAAACCGGUACCGCCGUCUCCCUCGUGCACGAGGUGGAGGACGCGGACAUCAUGCGGAAGAUUCUCUCCGUCAGCGGCGCCGUGAACGGCCACCAGGUGGCCACCGUGAAGCGCCGCGACGUGCCGGAUGCGCUACUGGCCAAGGCAGCGAGGGAUGUGGAUGCGAUAUUCCCAGACAUCCGCGCGCAGCUUGCGGCGGAGCAGCUGGAGGAGAAGAUCGCGCAGGCGGAAAAGCGCUACGGCGCUACCGGCGACGGCUUCCUCAGCGAAGUCACCACGAAGGCGAAACGAGAGUGGUGUCUCAGCCGCGAGGAGCGCCGGAAGCGGGAGGCGGAGGCGCGCCGCCUCUACGAGAAGGAGGCGGAGGUGACGAUCAACCACUUCCAGAACGCGCUGUCGAACCUCGAGCGCGAGGAGUCGGACAUUCUGCACCGUCAGAAGAAAAUACGCCGCGUGGAGCGGGAGAAGAAGGCGCGGGAGACGGAGAAGGUCAAGGCACGCGCGCGGGAGCUGCGCAAGAAGGGCGAGAAGAAGGUUCAGGCGGGUGUGGUGAAGAAGCUGAAGCAGCGGAAGAUCCGCACGGCGGCGAAGGAGCGACGGGCGGCGUCGCGUGCGGAGAAGGGCGUCGCACCGUACAAGCAUGGCAACGGCAAGCCGCGCCACAAGAAGUCGCGCCACAUGAAACGGGUUAAGAAGCACUAA